AUGAUGAAAAUGACGUCUCCCGUUAGAACUUCUUUCGACAUCUUCAACGAGAAACAGAUUCAAGAGAAUGUAAAUCUUUUAUCACAUGUCCCAAGAGAAAAUGCUACCUAUGUUCAUCUGCCUUCGGGUACUGUGGUUACCAGAGCUCGUUUGGGAGGGGUAGAUGAGUCUCCCAAUAUCAACAAGAUCAGACGAUCCUUAUUCCGAUCUGCUGAUCCGUUUGAAGAAGCUACUCCGAAGAAUACCACAAGAAAUGAAGCUCAGAAAACGAAUAAUGAUUCUGGCUUCUCAGAAAAGUACAGGGAUAACUCUUUCGCUUACUAUAAUCGUCUGUUUUUAUCGGACUCUUCAGAUUCAGAAUCAUUCGAUUUCGCUGAUGACGAUGAUGUGAUGAGGGAUGAUGGUUCUGAUGAUGACUGGGUCCCCUUGGUCCAGCUCAAGAGAAAAGGAGCUAAACUGGUCGAAAGGAAGAUUAACAACCCUAAAGUAGCUUCAAGAAGAUUGACGAAAAGAAAGACUGAGCCAACUGAAAGCUGUUCUCCAGUGGUGAAAGUAUCUCGGUGUUCUUCGUCUGGCACUAACGCCCCAUCGGAUGUACAUAAAAAUAAGGUAACCGAGGAUGUAUCAACUAGCUGUAUGAAUCAAGAGAGUCUCAAUAACAUAACUAACGCGGAUGCUAAAUCGAAAGAUGUAGAAAUGAUCUCAGCCAAAAUGAAAUUUGCUGAUCUAGUCUUCCAGUUUCAUAAUAAUGUAAAACUCAAAAUAGAAAGUGACUGCGAUGAUGAUAUGACGGACAUAUCAGAAGCAGAUCCGGAAGAAUUUGAAUAA